CAAAACAAUCGUCAUCCAAAAAAUCUCGACAACUUGACUAAUUUUGAUCAAAUUUAAUACAAAAAAUCAUCUGUCCCUAAAUUUAUAGACUUUUAACGCAUUGAACAAAUUACCAUGGAAGAAGAUUUUGAGCCCCUCGAUCCCUCUCUCAAAAAUGUCGUCGAACAAACGAGUCUCAAAUGGAUUUUUGUCGGUGGCAAAGGCGGCGUUGGAAAGACCACUUGCAGCUGCAGUCUCGCCGUGCAACUUUCCAAAGUGCGCGAAAGUGUCUUGAUCAUCAGUACGGAUCCCGCUCACAACAUUUCCGACGCCUUCGAUCAAAAGUUCACGAAAGUUCCGACAAAAGUCAACGGCUUCGAAAAUUUGUUCGCGAUGGAAAUCGAUCCGAAUGUCGGCGUCAACGAACUUCCCGACGAAUAUUUCGAAGGCGAGACAUCAGCUUUCAAACUGAGCAAAAGUGUCACGCAGGAAAUCGUUCAAGCGCUUCCCGGCAUCGACGAAGCCGUCAGUUACGCCGAAGUCAUGAAACUCGUCAAAAGCAUGAAUUUUUCCGUCGUUGUCUUCGAUACGGCGCCCACGGGACACACGUUGCGUCUUCUUUCCUUCCCGCAAGUCGUCGAAAAGGGUCUCGGCAAACUCCUGCGUCUCAAGAUGAAAUUGGCGCCGUUCAUCACGCAAAUGGGCAGUUUGUUCGGCAUGGGCAGCGACUUCAAUGCGGACACCUUGACGGGCAAAUUGGAGGAAAUUCUCACGAUAAUCCGUCAAGUUAACGAACAAUUUCGCAAUCCGGACCAAACGACGUUCGUGUGUGUUUGCAUCGCGGAAUUUUUGUCGCUUUACGAGACGGAGCGACUUGUGCAGGAACUCACAAAGUGCGGAAUUGACUCACACAACAUCAUCGUGAAUCAGUUGCUGUUCAUGAAAGAGGGACAAGAACCGUGUUCCAUGUGCUCGGCACGCUACAAGGUGCAGCAGAAAUAUUUGGAUCAAAUUGCGGAUUUGUACGAGGAUUUUCACGUCACGAAAUUGCCGUUGUUGGAGAAGGAAGUUCGUGGACCGGAUGCGGUUAAGAGCUUUUCCGAAAAUCUUAUAACUCCGUACACGGGACGUUGUUAAAUUAAAAUUUAUUUUUUU